AAUCAGCAGUACCAGGCACCAUAAUAGAGGGUUCAUUACGGCACCAGGUCCAGUAGCCCUAUAAACCCUAACACCCUGACGGACUGGGAGGUUCUGGUGUCUCAUUCCCGGGUUAAUAGGGAAUGCUCCGAGGCUGUGACAUGCGGAAGUGUUGACAUCCGUUGCCUGAAUUAGUUAGUGCCUGAGAAGAAGCUACCCAUUGUGUAAACAAUUAUACAUUAGUCUGUGUAGUUGAAUUGUCAGCGUGACGAACGAUGGACGAGUAUAAUGGGCUGGAGAAAACUUUUGUUGAACACCACAAGGUUCAGCUAGAGUCGUCGGGUGUUCCUCGUUAUUUCUGGCCAACUCUCUUAAGGAAGCUUCAGGGGCAAGUUUAUGAUGCCGGAGAGUAUUUCCAGCUGUGCCAGCUAACGUAUGCUGAUGGCGAGAAUGACCAGAGUGAUCCACUCUGGCAAGUUAUUAUUACGAAACCUGAAGGAAUAAUGGCCACCGAUCCAGAAAACAUAUUCUUGAUCGACCAUGCUUGGACAUACAGAGCAAAUGAAGCCAGGCAAUACUUGAAAGAUAUACCAGGCUUGCUGGAGAGGAUGGUGGCUCUCAUGGACAUUCCACGUGAGGAUAACGACCGAGAACAAUUUAUAGAGAAAGUUCUCCAAGAAAUGUGGAAGUUUAAUGGAACUUACAGCCUCGUUGGCAAAACUGCCGAAGAACGUCUUCCAGUGUGGUACAUCAUGGAUGAAUUUGGCUCCCGUAUUCAACACUGUGGGGAGCCAAACUUCCGUGUGAUACCCUUCUUUUAUACCCCACAUCAGUGCUGCUACUCUCUCUUGUUUCCAAUCCAGGAUGCAGAAGAGGGAGAGGAGGUGACGCGAAAUUAUGUUGAAACUCCUCCAGUCGAUUCGUUGACUCGGGACGCCCAAAUGCUUCCAUGGUUUCCUGUUGACCUCACUCACGUUGACCCUCGGCAAACUGAACCACCGGAAGACUUCUAUCAGUCAGGGCGUAUGAAUGAGAGUCUUCCUGAUAAUGACACCGAGGUUGCUGAUCUGCCGGCGGAUUAUCCGCUCCGCGUCUAUGCUGAAUAUGAGUACGUCCGAGAUUAUUUAACUGACGAACGUUUUGUUGUGGUGGAUUCCAGAGAGGAAGCUGACAUCUUAUGGUUCAUUGCACAUUUUAAGGACUUCAGGAGCCUACGGGACAAACCUUCCUGUCGCAUAAACCAGUACGCUUGCGAACACCUGAUUACUGUCAAGGACCUACUGGCUGUUGUGUGUCGUCGCAGUGCUGAUCUAAGUAAGGAAGAGGAAAAUGAAUUGAAUGGUCCAUCUUGGCUGCCUCUUACAUACUGUCUCAAGAGGGAACUAGUCAAGUUUGCUUCAUUGUUUCAGAGGAGAGAAAAAGCGGGAGAAGACAACUGUUGGAUCAUAAAGCCAUGGAAUCUAGCCCGUGGUCUGGACCACACAAUUACAAAUAAUUUAAAUCACAUCAUGCGCCUUCCCUCCACUGGACCAAAGAUCGCUCAGAAAUACAUCUCACGUCCAGUUUUGUUUUAUAGAGAAGACAUUGAUGCUGAGGUAAAGUUUGACCUCCGUUACAUAGUAAUGCUGCUCAGUGUUAAACCUCUUAAGGUGGCCGUAUACAAGCGCUUCUGGAUACGAUUUGCUAACAAGGCUUUCGAUCUGACCGAAUUGGACAAUUCCGAAAAACACUUCACAGUGAACAACUACAACGAUUCGUUUCUUCUCCAGAUGUACUGCCAUGAAUUUAUUGACAAGUUUAAUAGCCAGUAUGCAGAGCAGCCGUGGGAGAUUUCAGAAAAACAAAUCUAUAGCAUGAUUCUUCAAGUAAGAUGAUUACUGUUGACCCUU